ACUGUGCCAGCCGCCAGAAGGCGUGGCGCUCGCCAGAGUGACGUCACUGAGGCCGCCUCUCGCUGCGCUACAGCUUGCACCAGCUAGUCGCCCUCGCAGCUGGCAACUGAGCACACGGAAUGGAUCGCUAUCAGGGCCGCGUCGCUCUCGUCACGGGCGCCAGUGCCGGCAUCGGCGCCGCCAUAACUCAGGCGCUGCUCAGACGAGGCGUCAACGUCGUGGGGCUCGCAAGGAGGGUCGACAGAGUCCAGGCGCUGGAACUGAAAGAUGCUCCUGGAAAGCUGUACGCCCUGGAAGGAGACUUGAGCAAGGAAGAAAGUAUCCUCGCAGCUUUCAAGUGGAUUAAGGAGAAUUUGUCUGGAGUGGACAUCCUUAUCAACAACGCUGGCAUUCUAAUAGACGAUCAACUGACUAGCGGACGUACCGAGUCGUGGACACGCAUGCUGCACGUGAACGUCCUGGGCCUCAGCGUCUGCACCAGGGAGGCCGUACAGGACAUGAUCAGCAGGGGCGUCGAUGAUGGCUUCAUCAUCCACAUCAACAGUCUUUGGGGACACACACCGCCAGCUAACAGUGACACCGCAAUGUACGCCGCUACCAAGCAUGCAGUGCGGGUUCUCCUGGAAGGCCUCAGGAAGGACCUCGUCGCCAGGAAGAGCAACAUCCGAGUUGGGGAAAUAUCCCCAGGAAUGGUGAAGACGGAGAUCCUCACCAAUACCACCAACUGGACGGAUGACUUAUAUAACCAGCUGAAUUAUAUGGAAGCAGAAGACGUUGCAGAAGCUGCGAUCUACAUGCUGUCCCAGCACCCACGCGUGCAGGUUUAUGACAUCAUCCUACGGCCGACAGGGAAUCCGUACUAGAAAAAGGCUUAAUGUAACUGCCUUCAGCUAAAACUCUUCGCAAGUCACAUUUACAGGCUUCAAGAUAAAAACAAAAAAUGUUUACACAAUUGACAUGUUUAACUGCAUCUCCAUUUCAUGCUAAGUGUUGAUUAAAUACGGAAGAGAUACAUGUGUACAAGGGAGCCAAUACAAAUAGACAACAGAAGUUAACAUUACGGCUGAAGAAAUACCCUGCUGUUCUGAUUUUGUGGCAACUGUUCUAAAAGGUUUCUCUAUAAAUCGUACCAAUUUUGUAACCUUUUGUUAUCGCACUAUUAAUCCCAAAUGUAUAAGAAAUAAACAAAUUGUAGAGAUGUGGCUCUACUCUUUGUGUGAUACGCAUUA